AUGCAUUCCCACUUACAUACCCCGUAUAACGUCAAUUGCGAAGAGAUCAUGACAGCCCUCGACGAGUGCCACGCUCGCGGAUUCUUUUACAAAGCGGUCGGCAACUGCAAUGAUAUCAAACGCCAAGUGAACAAAUGCCUCGCUGCAGAGCGAUUCGAGCGGGCGAAGCGCAAUCGGGACGAGGCGCGCGGGAAGCGUCAGCGCAUCGAGGAUAUCUGGGCGCGCGAGCGAGAGAUGGAGCGUCCGGCGGUGAAUACUGGCACUGAGAACGCUGGCUCUGCGAAACAAUAA